GGCGUUGGCGAAUUUGACGCAGGAACAGCAUCCUUUCGGCGUAAUGGUUUUCUUUUUCUCCUGACAAGCAGAGCGCGGGGAUUGUGAGGUUCUGGUGAUAUUACAAGUACAAGGUCAUCACAGCCAAUUGAAUGAUACUACGUAGCGUUAGCCAUUGGGGCGCUCGAGCACCGGUAGGGUGCGGGUUUAUAGGAUUUAGGGGUCCAGGAUGAAGAUCAUAACCGCCUCCUUCCUGGUAAUCGCGUUCAGAUAGUCGAGCCUGCUUCAGCAGAGUAAUGGUGGUGAGACUAACACUGAAACUUCUACUCGAGCAGUACUCGUACACAGAGAGAUAAGCUUUCAGCCUGUUAGGCGGAUUCCAGCAAAGCCGGUCCUAGAGAGAGGCCAGCUGCAUCCAAAGUCCGGAUGGGGCGCGUCUAAAUUCUGGCGCGAUACCGACAGAGUUAACUUAGUGUGAUUCGAGUAUCUCCCAGCCCUACCAUCGUUUUUGAAGUCGGAAGGACUCGCAUAUCCGCAGUCCGGGGAAAAGGCUGAGUAGUUGCUGCAGGAACAUACUGUUGAUGGUGGCUAUGCCCAUUCAAAUUCAUUUACCUCGGCCUCAGAACCCAUAUACUACUGUACCGGUACCGUACAUACCUGCUAUCCGAAGGCUGUUUUCCCCUUACACAUUUGUUUUUUGAAUAUGGGAUGAGAUCCUCGGGAUUAAACUUUGUAAUGAACUAGAUCUAGAUGUGGCACGGCGAAGCAAGGGAAGACGGGAGCUUUAUGUGCUCCGGCCUCGCACAGUAUCUCGAAUCCUGUAUUUUUUUUUUCCUCAGCACUCCGCCGAGGGUAUCAUACUAAGCGAUAUUAUCACUGUCAUCAAGGAUAUCGUCAUUCUCAUUAACUGUCUUCGCAUAUCACGCAUUCAAUGGCCACGCACAUGCCUCGGGAUUCACAUUCCAAUUGAACGUCCUCCGGUAUUUCAUAAAGCACCCGACUGGCAUCUCCAAUUGCCCAGAGACCCAGUGGCUUUCCCCAUCCCCAGUCCCUUCACACUUGUCCUUCUAUUUUUCGCACGGAGUCAAAAGUCAACUGCAUCCCGAACCCCACCCCAAACUCUAUCGAUCAAGCUUGAACUCACAGUACAGUACAUCUCACAAGUGCGACCGCGAUAGAUUCCCCAUACAAUCGAAAAAACACCCGUUGUAUGAGGAGACACAACAUCCACUCAGCAGACAUAUGUACCGUACGUCGCUCCUCUGGUUGUCAAUUUCCGAAAUCGGUUUACUUGAAAAUCUGAGGACAAACAUCUCAACUUUGAUAAACGCUAUAUCCGGAUAACUAUACCCCUAUACCUAUCCACUUUUAUUUUUAUUUCUCUUUCUCUUCCGGUAAUCUCAAAAUUCAAGGCAAUUCGAGUCACAUCGCGGGUAGUGGUGCUUGGGCAAGGGUUUCUUCGAUUGUUAAUAUCAUACCGCGCGAAGCGAGCCGGUGCAAUCGAUUGUGGCUUCUUUUCUGGAACCAAGGAUCGAAAAGGAAGAAAGAAAAAAAAACAAAUAUCACACCUAAUCUGACGAAUAGGAUAAUAGCCUAAAGGAAAAAAUAGUAGAAGCGGAAAAGAAAAUUUUCUUAACAGAGGAAGGAGAGAGACAGAAGAAAGGAGAAAGGUCAGUUCGGGGUUGUCAGUUCCCGAAAUAGUUUUGCGGGAACGGCGCCUUGCAGUGAGAUCCGGUGCGAGAGCCAAGGGGAACGGCGUGUGUCUGCUUCUGUGUGUGUUCAACCUUGUGUGAGAAAUCUGCGAGCAAUAGCAUUACUGCUACCCCUUCAGCAAAUUUACUACCUUCUACCGCAACAGCUCCAACCGUGGCUCCCACCGCUGCAUUAUACACUUCUGCCCUAGCCACAGCCUCAUCUGGCGGUGGAGCGGAUUACGAUCCCAUAUCUCCCAGCAGCCUCUUUGGUCCGUGGGUGGAACUUGGUGCAACACCCACAAACUCACUCAACCCAUUUUUCGACCCCCGGCCGAGUCCCAUUUCUCACCCCCACCAUCCUCCUUCCUCUGACCCCCCAUAUCGCCCUUCUCACCCUACUCACACUCUUUACAAUCCCCCUUCAGCAAAUAGUCGUUCACCUGCAGGUUCUGGCGCAAAUCACCCCCCUACUCCGAGAAGCCUUCCACCAUCGCACAAGAUUCUGCAAUCCCCUUCCCCGAACUCCGAAGGCAACACCAAGCCAAACAAGCGACCAGCCAGUAGUGUCGCUUCUCCAUCCUCGCCCUUGCGCCCACCCCCCGCUAUUCGGCUGUCGGAGAGGGAGACCCUGAGCAAGGGUGGAGGAGGCGGUGGUACUGGAUCAUUGAAGAGGGAAACCCCCAGAGAGGGCGACGCCGGAGACGACACAAUGAGUGUGCACAGUCAAGGAAACAGCCACGACGAUAAGCCGUCAUCGAAGAUUGCCACGAGCGCGUUCUUUCCAGAAAUCCCAAGGAUUCUACCGCACGAGAAGGUAUUUCCAAUUCAAAUUGGUGGCGAAUUGUUUCGAUUGAGGUUUGUUUUCUUCUUUCCGGAGCGCUUUGCGUGGUUAGGACAAGAGACUAAGAGUGCUAGAGCUCCCUCAUACUUUUCGCAAUUCUUCGAGCAGCAGUUGGCGAACUUGGAGGAGGGUCAGAGUGUGAGAACGCUCUACAUCGACCGGGAUCCGGUUACGUUUAGGGAUAUUGCUAGGCAUUUACAAGGCUACCAUGUCUCUCCCAGAGAUGGGCAGCAUUUUGUACAGCUAUUCGCCGAUGCGCAAUUCUAUAGCCUUCCGAAGUUGAUCUCGCAACUCUUUGAGUCGGAGAUCUUCAUCUCGAUCGGAUCAAGGCCUUUCCAGAUCAAUCGUGAAUUAUUCCAGUCCCCCGGUAACAACCCGAAUUAUUUUUCACUUGGGUUUGCGGUCUUCUUUUCAUCACCAAAUGAAGUCUUCCCGGGCCUGAGCCGAGAGGGGCUCCUGCGACCGCCCUCGAUAUUACCGCCUGAGGUCCCGACCCGUUCGGGCGAGGUCUUUGCCGAGCUUCUGCACUUGCUGCGCGGUUAUCCGGUCCACAUCCGGAAUGAGGAGCACCGACAGGAGCUCUUGCGCGAUUGCAAAUAUUUCCACCUAAAAGGGCUAGAACAAAAGUUGAUUCCGCAUGAAAUAUCGUGGAAUCAGAAGCGACAAAAACAGGAGAUAGUCAUUAGAUUGGAGGAUAUCAAGCCAUCUGGAAUUUCCUUUGCCCCUGGUCCGAUAACCCCGGAUCAAAUACCACCACGCGCCACCUCAGGCUGGAUCACCUACUCUCGUCCGUUCGUGGAUGACACUCAGAGAGAGCUCAUCUUAGAAAUAGGAGGUGAGCAAACAAAGGUGGACUGGAGACUUGGGAGAGCGGAGUUUUCCGGAACCACGAAUCAGCGCGUCACAGCACUCUUGCAGGUGAUUGCCAAUAAACUGGGAUUGCCGGUGGGACAUGAAAGAGCACUCGGUCUGCUUCUGAUGCAGAAUAGUAUGAAUGGAAGUACCAGUGGGUCAACCCCCGGCCCAGCAAGCCCGGGCAACACUCCACUCAGCGAGGAUAGGGUAAAGAUCAAGACCGGCCCCGAUUGCUUUGUGCAGCUGGACGGAGAGGAAUGGCAAGGAUGGGAUCGAGAAGGUGUCAAUUCGGUAGAUGGACAUGACCUCGACGGUACGGCUGUCGACGACGCUUAUGGCAUGGGCAGCCGGCCCGGCCCCGGGAGUGACGCGGGGAGGAGCGCUGCAGGUGGAAGUCCAAAUCUACCAUGGCAGCAGCACUCCGGGGUAGGCAGCCGGCCCCCAUCAACAAAACCCCAAGGCGCAUUCCUGGGCAUGCACCCACGAAAACGCCAGAAGCGCAUGGCGGGGACCGAGGACUCCUCCGAGUGGCUCGUGAAGCGAGGACAGUGGCGACUGAGGGUGCAAAUGGCGCCUGGAGUGGACGGCAGAGAUCGGCCUGAGGUAAUCUUGGUAGGUGUUAAGCUAGAUGCUUUUAGCGGGGAAUACGGAAGGAAUGAACAGAGGAAAUUCUUGAUCUGAAAGAGGGCCUGACCUUUUCUUUUUCUUUUUGUGUCCCAUUUCUUUUUUAGUGCUCCCCCCUCCUUUCUCUUCUUUUUUUUGGAUUUUCUUUCAAUUCCCCAUUUGCCUUCCUUCCUAUGGAGCAUCUGCUCGCAUUCUCUCUUUGUGGAUGUUUUCGAUACCGCUUACUUUCCUUUUCCUUUUCAUUUUUUCCAUAUAUAUAUUUCUUUCUUUACGAGCCUAACUACCUACUGCUUGCACAUUCCAAGAGUAUCUGGGGAUAUGGAGAUCAGGCUAGGCACUCUUUAGCAGGCGGCCCCACUGCUGUAAGUUAGUGCCAAGUCAAAGCCCACAUUUCCGGAUUCCUUUGGAAUGGACAAGUGCCGGUGCCGGGAGCAUGGUAGUUUAUCUUAGUUUCUAUUUCAUAUUCUCCCCCUCCCCCUCCCCCUCCCCCCCUCCUCAUCUACUCGAGUACCUGAGUAUCUUCAUCUAUCUCUCCCCCCUGCCUCAGAAAAUAUCCGUGACAACCAAAAACCAACACGCUUCCCUACCUUCUUGCAGCAAUUUUCUCUGGGUUUAGCCUUGUUUCCUCAUUUCAGUUUCCUGAUCCAUUUACCUUUCAUCAUCAUAAUUUCAAGACGUGAUACGGAGUAUGGGUACAGGACUUUUUUUCUUCUUCUUUCCCUUUUUACCAUUUUGUUUUGUCGUGCCCUCGCCCUAUCGUUUAUUCCAUGAUAGUGAAUUUGAGUUUGAGUUAGGUGUACCGCGUGUACAGUACAAGUACAGUACUUUCUAUCCGUUA